AGGGAAUCUAGCGUAGAGGAAUGAAACAAAAUGGAACCGACCCGAAUGAGAAUUGGAAGACGAAGACGUGUCGACGAAUUUACUUACUUAGUACCAGCGAUUAAGAAAUGAAGUUACGAUCGCUUACGUUACGUGUCAACUUGAAGAACACGAUGUGAUGUGGGUUUCUCUUCCUCUGUCUCCAUUCACCACCGUUCCCUUUUGCAGUUUCGUUAAUUACCCUAAUUUUCUUUUGCAAACGUAUAAAAUAUUGUUAAUGUACUAGGAAUGGGCCAGGCCUAGGGUUCCACCACCGCUUUUCUUCAUUUAUACGAAUCAGAUUCCAUUAUCUCACUCUCUCAUUGUCUUCGUGCAUGAACACAACACCACCGCAACACUUACCAUCUUCCUCUUUCUCCCUACUUUCAAUAAAUUACUAAAUCAAUUUUCAUUGUUAUUCGUUCUUUCCUUUUUAUAUUGUUAUUAAAGAAUAGUAAUAAAACUGUUUUGUGGAGAUACGGCAGAGUAAGAGUCGUUCGCUUUUCUACUCCGAUGGCGAUUUCUGGUGAGCCUCAAAGUGUCACCAAUGGUCUCAACCACUCUUCCGUGCGCCGAAGGACCAGCGCCUCCGCCGCCGAUGGCCUCUUCCACUCCUCUGCGACGGUCGAAGGCGAGAGUUCCGGCGAGGAGUUGGUCAAGGAUUCCGGCUCCGACGACUCCAUCAGCAGCGAGCAACUCCCCGUUGGCAAUCGAGAAGCAGAGCAAAGACAAGUGCCUGAUGUUUCGGCUCUCAAAUUCGUGUACCGCGCUUCCGUUCCUGCUCAUCGCAGAGUGAAGGAAAGUCCGCUUAGCUCCGACAACAUUUUCCGUCAGAGUCACGCGGGCCUCUUCAAUCUCUGUAUAGUAGUGCUUGUUGCCGUUAAUAGCCGACUUAUCAUCGAGAAUUUAAUGAAGUACGGUUUGUUGAUCAAGUAUGGAUUUUGGUUUAGUCCAAAAUCGUUGCUAGACUGGCCCCUCUUCAUGUGUUGUCUUACUCUUGCUGUAUUUCCUUUUGCUGCCUUUAUAGUGGAAAAGUUGGCACAACAAAAAUAUUUUUCUGAACCUGUUGUUGUUCUACUUCAUAUAAUCAUUACUUCUGCUGCACUUUGCUAUCCUAUUUUAGUAAUUCUCAGGUGUGAUUCUGCUUUUCUGUCAGGUGUCACGUUAAUGCUAUUUGCUUGCAUUGUAUGGUUAAAAUUGGUGUCUUAUGCACAUACAAACUAUGAUAUGAGAGCACUUGCCAAAUCAAUUGAAAAGGGAGAAGCAUUGCCCAAUACUGUGAAUGUGGACUAUCCUUACAAUGUGAGCUUCAAGAGCUUGGUGUACUUCAUGGUUGCUCCUACAUUAUGUUACCAGACAAACUAUCCUCGAACACCAUACAUUCGAAAGGGUUGGGUGGUCCGUCAACUUGUCAAGCUGAUAAUAUUUACAGGAGUUAUGGGAUUUAUAAUAGAGCAAUACAUUAAUCCUAUUGUACAAAAUUCACAGCAUCCUUUGAAGGGAUAUCUUCUUUAUGCCAUUGAGAGAGUUCUGAAGCUUUCUGUUCCAAACUUAUAUGUGUGGCUCUGCAUGUUCUAUUGCUUUUUCCACCUUUGGUUAAAUAUACUGGCAGAGCUUCUUCGAUUUGGCGACCGUGAAUUCUACAAGGAUUGGUGGAAUGCUAAAACUGUUGAAGAUUAUUGGAGGAUGUGGAAUAUGCCUGUUCACAAAUGGAUGAUCCGCCACCUGUAUUUUCCAUGUUUAAGGAUUGGUAUACCGAAGGGUGUUGCUCUUUUAAUCGUCUUCCUGGUUUCUGCGUUGUUCCAUGAGCUGUGCAUUGCUGUUCCUUGCCACAUAUUCAAAUUUUGGGCUUUUUGUGGAAUUAUGUUUCAGGUUCCUUUGGUCUUGAUCACCAAUUAUCUGCAAAAUAAAUUCAGAAACUCAAUGGUCGGAAAUAUGAUUUUUUGGUUCAUAUUCAGUAUUCUUGGUCAACCUAUGUGCGUGCUGCUAUACUACCAUGACUUGAUGAAUAGGAAAAGCAAACUUGACCAGAGCUAGCAUUAGAUUUUAAUUUUUCAGAGGAUAUAAUUGAUGUGAUUAUGCUGGUCAAUAUUGUUUUCUACGGGGACUUUCAUCUACCAUGAGUCAUGACAGUGGCUGCUCUGAAGGAUUUCCACCUGAUUUGACAGUUCGCGAGUCUCAUGUACUUAACAACUCUCCUCUGGCAAUUGUAUCAAUAUAUGCAAUUUUGAGAUCAAAGCACUGGCACUCCAAGGAACUCUGUAACUGAUUUCUGUUUAAUGUUAUUUAUUAGAGGGAUAGAUGUAAAUAUUUUGUGCUCAAUAUAUAUUAUAGAAUUCCUAAUCUUCAAGUGACGAUGUCUUUUAAUAUGGCAUUUUUUGGUGCUGCACUAGCAUGUUAAACUUAAUAAA